AUGGUUGUGACAUGGAUAACGUUGAAUGAAGUGAAUGACUCUGCUGUGGAAUAUGGAAUUGAAACUUUUGAUAAACGUGUUAAUGGAUCAGUAAGCAUCUUUAACGAUGGUGGUAGUGAAAAACGAAAAGAAUAUGUUCACAGAGUAGUUUUACAUGAACUAACACCGGGACAAAAAUACUAUUAUCACUGUGGUAGUGACUUAGCGGGAUGGAGUUCAGUCUAUUGGUUUACAGCAAUGAGAAAUGAUUCGAAUUUUGUAGUUAGAAUGGCGAUAUAUGGCGAUAUGGGGAAAGAAAACGCACAAUCCCUUGCAAGAUUACAGGAAGAAACGCAAGCGAACCAUUUUGAUCUGAUUUUACAUGUGGGUGAUAUGGCAUAUGAUAUGAAUAUUGAUAAUGGACGUUAUGGUGAUCAAUUUAUGAACGAAAUACAAUCAAUUGCUACAUACAUCCCAUAUAUGACAUGUCCAGGCAAUCAUGAAAACGUAUAUAAUUUUUCACAGUAUGUGGCGAAAUUUAGUAUGCCCGGGGCAAACAAUAAUUAUGGUGGUGAUUCUAAUCAUUUUUACAGUUUUAAUGUGGGUUCGAUGCAUGUGAUCGGUUUUUCGACUGAGUUUUAUUAUUAUCUUGAGUAUGGCUACGAACAAAUAAUGAGACAAUAUCAUUGGUUAGAAGAAGACUUAAAAGAAGCGAAUAAACCAGAAAAUCGUUUACGAUGGCCAUGGAUUUUAGUAAUGGGUCAUAGACCAAUGUACUGUUCGAAUAAUGAUGAUGAUGAAUGUUUGAACAAUGGAGGCUAUAUUUAUGUGAAAUUUUGGGCACACGAGCAUAGUUAUGAACGCCUGUGGCCAGUUUAUGAUAACAAGAUUUACAACGGCACAGAUGGUGCCUAUAUUGAUCCUGGAGCUCCAGUUCACAUUAUAACCGGCUCAGCUGGUUGUCCUGAACGUCAUGAUCCAUUUGGUCCUCCUCGAAAUUGGACUGCUUAUCGAAAUGGUGAUUAUGGUUUUACACGAAUGAAUGUUUACAAUGCUUCACAUCUUUAUCUUGAACAAGUGUCUGAUGAUCAGGGUGGUAAAGUUGUUGAUAGCGUUCGUCCUGUCAAUUGUACAAAUUGUCGUCGUUUAGUACCAAAAGAUAAAGCAAUAAAAAAGCUGAUUAUUAGAAAUAUUGUUGAGCAAGCAGCUGUUAAAGAUAUUGGAGAAGCAAGUGUUUAUCAAAAAUAUAUAUUGCCAAAAUUAUAUUAUAAAUUACAUUAUUGUGUAUCUUGUGCUAUUCACAGUAAAGUUGUUCGAAAUCGUUCAAAAGAAGCACGAAAAAUACGUCAACCAUUAUUACGUCCAACUGGUAUGAAACCAAAUAUGACCGGUGGUGGUGGUGGAGGACAAAUGGCGGGCUCUGGUGGACAACGAGGUGGAAAUCAGGCAGCACAACAACCGGCUACCAUUCCAGUCGCAAGAAGUUAA